AUGCCGGGGCACGCCGUGGCCCGCGCGGGGCCCUCCCGGCCCGGGACGCCGCCGCCGCCCCGCGGGCGCCCGGACCCCACGCCUCGCCGCCCGCCGUCCUCCGCCUCGGCUCCCCCGCGCGCGUCGGCUCCGCCGCCCGCGCCCGUCGCCCCGUGCGCCGCCACCCGGCCCCGACUCCGGCGCCGCCCGUCCGGUCGCCGCCUCCCUCCUCCGAGCUCCUCCACCGCGGCCGCCGUCUCCCUCUUCCCCUCCGUCUCCGGCGGCAGCCCCGAUCUCCGGCGAGCCUCGAGCCGGCCCGAUCCAGAUCUGUUCGAAGGUUGA